AUGAGUAUGGAUAACAUUCGCGUCGGCAUUCGCGUUCGGCCAAUCAAUGAACGGGAAGUGGAAGAUCCAGCAUCGGUGUGGCGAUAUGAUGACAGCAGCAUAACGCUGGUGAGGGAUGGUCAGCCGACCAAUUCCUACACCUUCGACUACGUUUUCGGCAACAAUUCGCAGACGAUCGACAUCUACAACUCGUUGGCCAAAUACAUCAUCGACUCUGCCCUUCAAGGCGUAAAUGGCACCAUCUUUGCCUACGGGCAAACGUCUUCCGGAAAGACGCACACCAUGAAGGGCGGAAUCGACUCGCCUGGCAUUAUUCCACUGGCCAUCUCCGAGAUUUUCAGUUUCAUCCAGCAGACACCGGAACGAGAAUUUUUGCUGCGUGUAUCCUACCUCGAAAUCUACAACGAAGAGAUUCGUGACCUUCUCUGCCCGAGCAGCACCAAGCUCGAGAUUCGAGAGGACAUCGAGCGUGGAGUGUUUGUCAAGGAUGCCAAAGAAGAGAUCGUGGUGACUCCCCAGCAAGCGCUUCAGCUGAUGGCUUCUGGCGAGGAGCAUCGCCACGUUGGAGCAACCGGCGCCAACAGCCACAGCAGUCGCUCGCACACCAUCUUCAAAAUGGUGAUUGAAAGUCGAGAGAAGUCUAAGGACGGUCAAGGCACAAAGAAAUCCCUCGACGGCGCCGUAAAGGUCUCCAUGUUGAACUUGGUUGAUCUGGCAGGCUCAGAGCGUUUGUCGCACACGCUUGCGACUGGCGUUCGCAUGGUUGAAGGCUGUAAGAUCAACCAAAGUCUAUCCAACCUUGGCACCGUCAUCUCCAAGCUCGCCGAGGGAGAACGGGGUCAUGUGCCAUACCGCAACAGUAAGCUCACCAGAAUCUUGGAGCCCGCCCUCGGAGGCAACUCGCGGACAGCAGUUAUCUGUACCAUCGCACCCGCCUUUCGCGAUGAAUCGAUCAGCACACUCAAGUUUGCCAACCGCGCCAAGCAAAUCAAAAACAAGCCCAUCGUGAACGAGGUCAUGGACCAGGCAUCCAUGCUUAAGCGAUACCGCCAGCAGAUAUCAAAGCUCAAGAAGGAGCUGAAGAACGUUGAAUCCAAGGGCAAGAACUGGCAAGAACUGGAGAGUCAAAAGCUCAAGGCAGAAGAGGACAAGGAAAUCAUGAUGCAGAUGCUCCGUGAUGCGGAGAUUGAGAAAGAGAAGCAGAGAGAGAAGUUAGCACGUAUGACGAACAUGAUCAUCACCUCCUCUACCGUGGCGCCUCCUAUCCAGGCAGCCAAGCUGAAGGCCAAAUCGAACCGGCGAGAAACGUGGGCUCCCAACCGGGUAAUGGGUGAUGCAUACAAUCCGUUUAUCGCGAUUCCCUCGUCAGCUGGAGCGGGCGAGGAAGAAGACCUCGAGGGAACACCCGUCAUCGACUUCAUUCCUCGUGCUCGCGCCGAGUUUGCUGUCCCGUUCCCCGUCGCAAGGGCUCGCGUGCAACAGCCGCCGGCAGCUCCGGUCGCAAGCGCGCCUCCUGCUUCUGUCGACAACCAAGAAGCCAAGAAACUCAAGGAGGAGCUACAGGUGGCCAGGCAGCAACUACAGCAGCUUCAGGACGCCAAUCUGCGGCUCGAGAGCGAACUGCAGGACGAAAAGGAAAAGGCCAGACAGCAGAUAGCCAAUGCCCUUAGCCAAGUAGGAGAUAAAUCGGCUCCUGAGGUGGACGCAAUGGCCCAGGCCGCGGCCUUCAUUCACCAGCUUCAACUCGAGCUUGACGACACCAGGCAGAAGCUGGAAGAACAGGGGGACAUGAACGAACUCUUGACCGAAGAUGUCGUGAACAUGGGGAAGCAAAUCGAGGAGUUGUCGUCCCAGUACGAGAUCAGCGAGUCGACGUCUCGCCAGUUUCAGGAGCAAGCCCUCCACCUGGAACAGACGCUGGGCACGGAGAACGCGACCCUGCAGAAGCAGGUCCAGGAACAGGCCCAGCAGCUGCAGGAGCUGACCGCGCAAUACGAAGCGAGCCAAAAGGCCGCGCAGGAGCAUCAAGAGCAAGGGCUGCGCUACCGGGAGGAGGCCGCUUCCCUCGGCGAGCAGAACAACCUCGCCCAGACGAGGCUCACGGAACUCGAAGAGGAAAAUGCCCAGCUUCAGCAGGAGAAGCAGCGACUUCAGGAUACCCUCACUGUGCUUAGGGAAGAGCACUCGGUCUCGCAAACCAAGCUGCACACCUCCUACAACAAGAAGAUAGAUCAGCUCGAGAUCAAGCUGAGCACUCUCGAGAAGGAGCGGGAGGAGCAGGAGAGAGAGCACCAGGAAGAGGCCGCGCAGGCUGCCGCUCAGAGGAGCUCACUGGCGAUCAUUGAGCAGGACCUUGAGAGGCUGCAGGGCGACCUGACUCACGCUAAGGAGGACAACGACCAUCUCAAAGCAAUGCUCAAGGAGGCGCUCACCGAGAAGGAAAAUGCCCAGAGGAAUUUGCAAAUCGCUCGCGCUGAAGGCGAGAUCUUGCGCAACCAAAAGGGCUUCAACGACUCAAGCUUCUCUGGCGCUUCCGCCAAUAGCCGGCGCUUCUCGAUUGCUCCGGCCGCGUUCCAGGAGGCCAAGAUCAAGGAAGAUCUCAAGAGCACUACGGUCAAGAAGAAUCAGCUCCAGCAGGAGAACGACGGCCUUCGGAAGGAGAAGGAAAAGGCGUUGAAGGACAUGGGCAACCUCGACACCAAGUUCAAGCAAGCGGUCAAGGAGAGAUCGGUGCUGCAGGGCGAGAAGGUAACCCUGGAGAGGGAGCUCAAGCGUCUGAUGAGCCAGAACACAGGGCUCGAAAAGCAGAUGGAGAAGAUGAAAUCCAAGGAGAACAAAAUCAAGGAGGAGAGGGAUCAGCGACUUCAAGUCGAAAAGCAACUGGCCGCGCUCACGAAGACGCACGAGAAACUGCAGUCAACGCUGAAGCUGAAGGAGGACACCCUGAACAAGCUGAGCGCCGACUUCAUGUCUCUCAACGGACUGAAUGGCGAGCUGGAGCGCAAGAACUGCGAUCGCGAGGAGGAAAUCGCUCGGCUCCAAGCCACCAUCAAGAAGCUGAGCGACGACGUCACGGAGCUGGUGUCGACCAUCGAGAAGCUGAAAACCACGCUGCAAACCAAGUCUGAGUCUCUUUCGAUCAAGGAAACACACCUUGCGGCGACGCUCAAGGAGAAGGAACAUCUGCAAACGCAAGGAAACGCCAUGCAGGAGAAAAUCGCGGCCCAGACCAACGACCUCGUGCUGUUCGAUCGGAAGGUGCAAGCGAUGACCAUGGACCUCAACAACCUGCAGGCACAGCUGCAGGCGAGUGACAGGCAGAAGAACUCGCUACAGCAGCAGCUGGUGGGCCUUAACCACCGCCUGUCGCUCACCGAACAGCAGCUCGAGGGCGUGAGGCGUGAGAAGGCACUGGGCGACGAGCGAUAUGACCUGCUCCAGAAGGAAAAGAAGGACUUGGAGCAGAGGCUUGCUGACCUGAUGAAGGAGAAGGCCGGCCUCGAGGAGCAGCUCGCUACCUCAAGGAAGGAAAAGGCGGCAGUGGAUGAGCAGCUUACGGAGACCUUCUUCAGCUUCGAGCAGAUGAAGACUGAGUGGGGUUCGAAGGAAUCAGGCUACUGCCUCCAGCUCGAACAGCUCACAACUGAGCUCAGGGAUCGCGUUGACUGCAUCUCUCGACUAGAGAACGACAAGGCCUGCCUGUUGGGCGAACAGGAAGAAUUGCAACAGCUCAGGGAACAAAUGGUGCUUGAGAUCGAUGCUCUUGCUGCGGGCAACAAGAGCAAAGAGGCGGAGCUGUGCGAGAUGCAGGCGCAAUUGGAGACCCUCGAGGCUCUGAUGUCCGAGACGAAGGAGGAGCUUCACAAGAUCACUGCGGAGCGGAACGGCCUGACCGGCGAGCUGGCGACCGCCCACAGCGACGUCGCGAUGUACAAGAGCAACUUGGCCGAAGUGUGCGAGGUGCUACCGCAGUUGGAGAGCAGCCAGGCUCAGCUGACCGAGGAAUUGGCCAAGACCAAGGAGGAGCUCCUUCUCGCCUCCGAAGAGAGGGACGCACUAAUCGACGAGCUGGCGACCACCCACGCCGACAACAGUGCUCAGCGGAGCGAACUGCAGGCGCAGUUGAAGGCGAGCGAGGCUCGGCUACACGAGAGCAUGGCCAAGGCGACGGAAGAGCGCCAGAUCGCGGCCGAGGAGAGGAGCGCCUUAAUCGAGGAGUUGGCGACUGCCCACGCCACUAAAACGCAGCUGGAGGAAGCGCACGCGCAGUUGCAGGGCACGGAGGCUCAGCUGCGUGAGGCCCUGACGCAGGCGAAGCAGGAGCUCCAUAUGGCUGCCGAGGAAAGGGACAGGCUCGCCAAGGAGCUGACCGCCGCACACGCGAAGAGCAAGGAAGACAAGGCCUUCAACCUCAAGGAGACUCGUCAUUUGGAGAGGCAGUUGAAGAAGAAGGACAAGGAGAUCAAGCAGUACAGCGAUCUGGUCGCCAGCACCAAGAGCGCGAUCGACACGCUCGAGCGGGACCAGCAGGAGCUGGCCAUCAUCAAGCACAAGGGCUGCACCAACUGCGGUUCCCGCUACUCCGCCCCGGACCCUUCGCUUUUCCCGCCCGAGCCCACGCAGACCUUCGUCGCGCUCGGAGCCGGCGGCCAGCGCGCCACCUCACCCAAGAAGCAGCGCCCGGCUUUCGCAGAGCUGCGCGAGGAGAAGGCCGAAGAAGAGGACAGCGACGAAGCUGAGUCGCCGCUCGCCGGUGCCACCACCAUCACCUCGCAGACAGUGUCGUCUUCUGUGGCGGCGCCCGUCGACGCUGCGCCCAAGUCCGGCCUCGAGCGGAUGCAGGCGCUCAAGGAGAAGGCGAGGAGGAUGAAGGAGAGCAACAACCGAUCCACCAGCUGCGCCCGAAUUCCCGCGACGACCACGCAACCCAAGAGCAUCCUCAAGCGACGAGCCGCCACCACGACGGACGACGAUAAGGAGAACUUCAUCAACGCGUGA